AUGGGAUCCUUUCUUGGUGACCAUGCUAUCACUUCGCGAGGAACUUCUUUUCUUCAGUGGAUCCAGGCAACUGGUCUCACUUGUUGGAAUGAAUUACUUGCAUUUGGUAUUCCUACCUUUCUUUCUGGUGGCUCUGGUACCUCACGUUCCAGUGUCAUUGAUUUAUUUCUUUCUACGUCCCCCCUUCUCAAUCCUUCUAUGCAAAUUCGUUCUGAUCUUUCUUUAGGCUCUGAUCACAAAAUGGUCAACCUCACUUUCACUCCCUAUGUUUCACCUCCCCCUCCCCCUACUAAUCAUCCGCGCCUACUUUGGAAUCUUUCCAAGCUUGCUCAGCCUGACACUCUCAAGAUCUACAUUGAUACAGCUUCUGCGUCAUUGGACAAUCUGACAGAGCAGUUCAGUGCUUUCCUUUCUUCUUCUUCUCCUCCUCCUGUAGAUUCUCUGUGCUCUGCUUUUGCUCAAGCUAUCUAUGAUGCUCUGGACACUGCUGUUGGUCGUCGUACACCACGUACCAUGCAAAAGUACUGGUUCUGGCCAGUGGACCUUCAAGAAGCAAUGGAUCUGAGAGAACGCAGCUACCAACGCUGGCGUCAUUCUAGUGGUUUGCAGAAGGCUAUAUGCUGGAUGCGCCAUCAGGAUGCAUGUCAUGCUGUUAGGUUAUCAGUCCAGCGUCGUCGACGUGAAACAUGGAAAGAAUUCUGCAACAAAUUGGCAACACAAGACUUUGCAAAGACCACAGCAACAAUGAAACGUAUUAAAAGCCAUCGUCAAACCAGUCCUGUCUUUGUGGAUCCAGGUGGACCUCAAGUAGAUGCUAACAAAAUGGCUGAUCAUCUUCAACAGAUUUUCUCAGGUCAAUUUCUUCCUGCACGCCGCCCUCCAGACCAGACAGUGAUGAUUUCAUCACCAAUUGCAAUUGAUGAAUCAUGUCCUUUUACUCAUCUUUCUGUAGAGAGUGCAAUUCUCAAGCUUCCUACACGCAAGGCUCCUGGUGUUGACCAUCUUCGUGCUGAAAUGCUUCACCCAAUUGUUAAGCAAGUCUCUCCUGUUCUUUGUCUUUUGUUCCAGCUUUCAAAGGGGACUAUUGAUCCAUCUCUUCUCAUCUCUCGUAAUUGUGUCUCUGCUAUCAACAGCAUGCGUGCUCUUCAAUCACUUGGUGUCAAUCACACUGGGUUGUCACGUCUACUCUCAAUUCGUUUGUAUCGCCAGUUUAUUCGUCCACAAUUUGAGUAUGGCCUGGCAAUAUCCUGCUUCAACAUCAAACAAGUUGCUGUGCUUGAAAAGGCCCAGAACACAUGCUUACGCAUGAUUUUUGGAGGUCACUCCACAUCUUCUACAUCUGUUUUCCGUCACCUUGGGAAUCUUCCUAGCAUGAGGGAGAGGAUCUUGACUCUUGGUUUCAAGUUUGUAUAUCGUGCUUUCUGGUUGCCUGAUGAGGCUCUGUUUACUCUUCUUCGACCUGUUCUUACAAACCCAGCACACCAAUGGUUUAAGCUUUUAGCUAAUCCCAUUUGGUUGUCUCUCUCCAAUCGUCAGAAUGCUGAUUCUAAAGCUUGCAAGCAUGCCAUUCGUUCAUUUUUGAACCAGGGCCUCUUCUUGCAACGCUCUCAACAAAUACUUCUCUCUGCUUGCCGUCCUUCUCUUGGUGUUGACCCUAUUCUCUGGCUUCCCAUGACUAACUAUGAACGUAGUAGAUUCAUACGUUGGCGUAUGGGGUGGCUUCCUGGACGUCCUCAACCUUGUUCCUGUGGAUUGCAUACCACCAGCCGUCAUCAUGUCAUUGAGUGCACUGGAGCUGCAAUUCGUCUCCAUCUCUAUUCUACAGUACAACCCAAUCCAAUUGAUUAUGUACUCAAUAUGCUGCCUCUGAAGAAACCUAAAAACAACAAGAACAAUGCCUUCUGGAUCUUUACUUGGCCAAUUCUUUGUAGAAUAAUGUUGGACAUAGAACAGAUCUGUCUCCCUGGGGUUGAUCUUGCUGAUCAUGCUGCAACAGACAGAGGACAACUCUUCUUGAACUGGCUACCCAAAUGA